UUGAAACCUAGCAUGAAACAAAAACAAUGACAGAUGGGAGAUGGGAUAAGGGAGGAGAGAGAGGGAGGCCACAAAGGUUGAGUCUUUGUAGGUAGAAAGAGAGAAAUGAGCAAAGAGAACAUUGGCAUUGUAAAGGCCUGGGAAGCAAAAGUUAGGAAAUCACAAGCAACAAAGAAGAAGAACAAAAACAACAGUGUCUUUCUCACCAUGAUGUCAGCAGCAGUAGCUCAUGUUGAUGAUGACGAUCCUCCUUGUAAAGAACCUGUAAACCAUGCAGAAAAGAUCCUUUCUAAUGGUGAUUUCUACACAGGCCAAUGGCUUGACAACCUCCCUCAUGGACAUGGAAAAUAUCUCUGGACAGAUGGUUGCAUGUAUCUCGGCGAAUGGUAUAAAGGUAAGACAAUGGGAAAAGGCAAAUUUAGCUGGCCUUCUGGUGCUACUUACGAGGGGGAAUUCAAGGGGGGUUAUAUGGAUGGUAGAGGGACCUAUACAGGUUCUUCAGGUGAUACUUUUAGAGGUUACUGGGUUAUGAAUUUGAAACAUGGAAAUGGUACACAGAGUUAUGCUAAUGGUGAUUAUUAUGAUGGUGAUUGGAGAAGAGGGUCACAAGAUGGACACGGAAGGUACCAGUGGAAGAGUUCGAAUCAUUAUAUUGGUCAAUGGAAGAAUGGCUUGAUGAAUGGUAGUGGAACUAUGAUUUGGAGCAAUGGGAAUAGGUAUGAUGGUUUUUGGCAAGAUGGAUUGCCCAGAGGAAAUGGGAGUUUUAGAUGGCCGGAUGGAAGUUUUUAUGUGGGGUUUUGGAGUAAGGAUCCUAAAGAGCAAAAUGGGACUUGUUAUCCAUCUGGGUCUGUGUCAGAGAAUUUGGAUUGGGAUCCUCAAGAGUUGUUUUUGGAUUUGAAUGAUUGCAAGAUUGCUACUUGUGAAACGAUGUCAAUUUUGCCAUCACAGAAGAUGUUGAGUUGGCCUGGGUUUCUUGAUCAAGGGAAUGCUAAGCCAGUGAAAAGGAAUGGUAAUGAAGGAAGGCUCAGGAGGAUAUCAGUAGAUGGGAGGCUGAGUAACUACAGCGUGGCUUCAUUGGAUAGCUGUGAUGUCUCUAGUGGUUGUGGUGAUGGGGAAUUGAGGGAUGUCGAAGAAGGGUUUGGAAACCUUCAGGUUGAAGAAUUGGAUCCAAAAAUAUAUAAAUUGAGAACACAGCCUGUGAAGAAGCAAGGGGAAACAAUAUCAAAAGGGCAUAAGAAUUAUGAACUAAUGCUCAAUCUGCAGUUGGGAAUAAGACAUUCCGUGGGACGGCCUGCUCCAGCUAUAUCUCUUGAUCUGAAGUCUUCGGCGUUUGACCCCAAAGAAAAAGUAUGGACUAAAUUUCCACCAGAGGGAUCCAAGCACACUCCACCUCACCAGUCUAGCGAGUUCAAAUGGAAGGAUUACUGUCCUGUAGUUUUCAGGACUCUCCGGAAAUUGUUCAAUGUGGAUGCAGCUGAUUACAUGUUAUCGAUAUGUGGGAACGAUGCACUUAGGGAGCUCUCAUCCCCAGGAAAGAGUGGAAGCUUUUUUUACUUGACAAAUGAUGAUCGCUACAUGAUAAAGACAAUAAAGAAGGCAGAAGUAAAAGUCCUCUUGAGGAUGCUGCCAGCCUACUAUAAUCAUGUUCGGGCAUUCAAGAACACACUAGUAACCAAAUUUUAUGGUCUUCAUUGUGUGAAACUAACAGGGCCAAAUCAGAAGAAGGUUCGAUUUGUCAUUAUGGGGAAUCUGUUUUGUUCUGAGUUUUCUAUUCAUCGGCGCUUUGACUUGAAAGGUUCUUCCCAUGGCCGCAUAACUUCUAAACCUGAGUCAGAAAUUGAUCCAACAACCACCCUCAAGGACCUUGAUCUCAAUUACAUAUUUCGGUUGCAGAAAUCUUGGUUCCAAGAGUUUUGCAGGCAAGUGGACAGAGAUUGUGACUUCCUUGAACAGGAGAGAAUAAUGGAUUACAGUCUUUUGGUUGGUCUUCACUUUCAAGAAGCUUCAUGCAGGGAAGCCCUCACACCUUCUCGUACAUCUGGAGUCCGGACCCCCCCUGGAAUUCGCACUCCUACUGGAGUUCGGACUCCCACCGGACUUCACACUCCUACAGGAAUUGGAGAUGAAAGUGAAUCAGGAGCUCCACGCCUUUCAAGAGUGGAUUUAGAUAAGCUUUUCAUGGACCCCUCUCGGCGGGCUUCCAUUAAGUUAGGUAUAAACAUGCCAGCAAGGGUUGCAAAGACCAGAAAAAGAGACUUUGAAGCUCAGCUGAUUGGAGAACCAACCGGGGUGUUACAUGAAGUCGUCCUAUUUUUUGGUAUCAUAGACAUACUACAAGACUAUGAUAUUAGCAAAAAGCUCGAGCACGCAUACAAGUCUAUGCAGUAUGACCCAACUUCAAUCUCUGCAGUUGAUCCAAAGCAAUACUCAAAACGGUUCCGGGAUUUCAUCUUCAGAGUAUUUGCAGAAGACACUUGAAGGGUACAGAUUGAUUAGGAUCUUCUUAUAGCAAACCGUGGCCAUGCAUGUGCAUCCACAUUCUUUGCUAGAGACGGGAGCACUUAAAUGUCGGCUAAAGGUUACUGUUCUCACCAUCUACUUGGCCACUGGGAACGAUUUGUCGCAGCCAGGAAUCGAUGUUUACAAUCCGCAUUGCAUUUCACCUCUCACCAUCAUAUCUGCUAAUUUAGUUACAUAUGAUAUAUCCUAGGAAAGGUAUAUAUACCAGAGCUAUUCGAGCUUCUUUCAAGUGUAAAUGAGUUAACCAGGUGAAGUAUGUAUCUACAUUGAAAUUGAUUCUUUUUGUACCCAUUUUUUCCCCUGGAAUGCGAGUGAAUAUGUACAGAAGGAAAGUGAAAUGGAACUAACUUUAGGGUCUUCAAUCUUUCAACGAAAUUCUCUGUUAACGUA